AUGCACAACCAGGCGAGACGUUUUCAGCCCGUAAGGGCUUAUUCCAGCUCUCCAAUGGACCAGCACAACCGUUCGGUUGAGAGAAUAGCGGACUCUGUCCGCCGGUUCUAUAAAAAUGGCGAGCCUUUCCGUGUUCAACAUGGCUCAACAAACAGUACGCGGCCCCGGCGCCAUAAUCAUGUUGUAGAUAUAAGUGAUCUAUCCAAUGUUUUGAAGGUUGAUGUGGAAAAGCGAAUUGCGCUGGUUGAGCCCAACGUGCCCAUGGAUCGCCUGGUUGAAGCCACUUUGCCAUUAGGAAUGGUGCCACCAGUAGUCAUGGAAUUUCCUGGGAUUACUGCUGGUGGAGGAUAUGCUGGCACAGCUGGGGAAAGCAGCUCGUUUAAACAUGGAUUUUUCGACCGCACAACAAAUUCUGUCGAGAUGGUCCUAGCAAAUGGAGAUAUCACAACGGCAUCAGAGACACAAAACUCAGAUCUGUUCCGUGGCGCGGCCGGUGCUGUUGGGACUCUUGGAAUUACCACCCUUUUGGAGCUCCGACUAAUCCCUGCGAAAAUGUACGUCAAAGCGACAUAUCAUCCUAAACGAUGCGUUGCGGACACAAUCAGGCUCGUGGAAGAGGAAACAAACAACCCCACUAACGAUUAUGUGGAUGGCAUUAUAUUCUCCAAGGAUCAUGGCGUGGUCGUCACCGGUACAAUGACGGAUGAAAAGCCGUCAGAAACCCAAGUUCAGACCUUCAGCCGCCCAAGAGACCCGUGGUAUUAUCUACAUGUGAAGGACAAAACCCAGGAUGUGACUUCUCCAGUAACUGAAUACAUCCCGCUGGCCGAAUAUCUUUUCCGGUAUGACCGCGGUGGGUUCUGGGUUGGCGCCUCCGCAUUUGAUUAUUUCAAAUUCCCCUUCAACAAGUUCACUCGCUGGUUCCUUGAUGACUUCGUAAAUACACGUAUGUUAUACCGGGCACUCCAUGCCAGCUCAGAAUCGAGUCGAUACAUCGUCCAGGACUUGGCCUUACCUUAUUCUACUGCGGAAGCCUUCGUUGACUACACCAGUGAAGCGUUUGGGAUUUUCCCGUUAUGGCUAUGCCCACUAAAGCAAUCUCUCCAACCUACAAUGCACCCACAUUUGGACCAAAUUGAAGGAUCUUCUCCCGAGAAAAUGAUAAAUAUUGGCCUUUGGGGCUUUGGGCCCGCCGACUAUGACGAGUUCAUCUCCAAAAACAGAGAACUAGAGCAUCAACUUCUUCAUAAAUUCAAAGGGAUGAAAUGGCUUUAUGCCCACAGCUACUACACGGAAGAAGAAUUUUGGCAACAGUUUGAUAAGGAAUGGUAUGAUGAUUUGAGAAAGAAAUAUCAUGCCCGGUCACUGCCGAAUGUAUAUGACAAGGUUGCAGUUGAUGUCGAAGCUGGAAGGAAAGAAAUCAGGGAAUCCUGGAGCCACUGGGUGAAAUCCAAGCGCCCUCUGGGUGGAUUGUGGGGCAUAUACAAGGCUAUUAAGAGUCGCGAGUAUAUGAUUGCGCGUACCUCUGCGUGGAAAAAGUGGUGAGUGUUCACCAUUGUAUCUCAACGCAGAUAGAGCCAUUCACUGAGAACUUCUAUUUCUUUUCGUUGAAAUCAAUGUAUUAUUAUUGGAUAUACAAUGGCAUAGAAUAUUGCAGAAAGGUCUCUUAACACUCUUAGAAAACUACAGGGACAUUCAUUAGUGGUUGAGUGAAAAUGUAAAAAUAAAUACCCUCGAAGGGAGAUUCAAACACCGGUGGAUCCAAUACUACGCGAAAGUCAACGCGCACUUGCAAAAUGGACAGAGGAACAAAGGUCCCUAAUCGGGAGACUCCGAAGCCAAGAACACACAAUACAUGAGCAAUUCAACACCUUCCAAGAAUUGUUGAUCAGAGAUGCCUUUUCAUUGCGUCCGCAAAGUAACAAGGUGGAUGUGCCGAACGCUGAUGUCAUCCCCCCAUCCAACCUCCGACCAGCAAGCCACUUAAGCCGUCCUGAAUGGAUGGAGAGCUGCACCGGUCAGAGGGGAGGAGAGUACAUUGUUCAUAUGGUACACGCUAGGCUUUCAUCAU